AUGGACAUCUCCCAAGCCACGGCGUUUGUCGCCCCAUCCACGCAGCCAGGGCAUCUGCGCGCAACCGCGCCCGGCCAAGUCGCCACUCGCUCUUCUGGGCAUGGCCAUGUUGGAGGCAGCCCCUUGUUGGGCCUGGGUGCUUUCGCCAUGGCUGCAGCGGCUGCGAGGAAGGUGCGUGCUCCACGCGCGACAACGCUGCGCGCAAGUACAGUGGACGAAUAUAUAGCAGAGAACGAUGUUAUCGCAUUCAUCACGCCCACGUGUCCGUUCUGCCGGGAAGCCGUUGCGGCGUUGACGGAUGCAGGCUAUCCGCCCGUCACCGUGGAGGUUUCGCCUGGGUCUGACUUGAGGAACGAGCUGGCCUCCAAGACGAACUCCACGAGCGUGCCGAAAGUUUGGGUGAAAGGCAACUUCGUUGGCGGAUGCAACGAUGGUGGCAUGGGCGGAGUGAAGCCGCUCCUGCGCAGCGGCAAGAUUCAGGAGCUGAUGUCGUGA